AUCAAAGUCGCUUUUUAUUUCAUACAAAUUUUGUUCUUUUCUGAUGACAAUACUGUUUCACUGUCUGUAUAAAAACAAUUCUGAUAUCAACUGGCCAAACGCGUCGUCGGAAUACGAAUUGCGAAAGCAAAAAGGGAAACAGUUUGACGAUUCGUGCGGCACGUGCGCUCCUGGUUUCCUGUUCCUCGUGUUCUUGUCUUGUUUUUGUUCUGGUUUUUGUUCUCCGGUUGCGCCGUGUUUUGAAUUCGCAUGCUUGUUUGAUGAGCGGUUAUGGCAGUGGUGUUGUCGGGUUGAAGCCACAAUCAUUGACAUUGUUGCCGGUUUGCUAGAGUUAGGGCGGCAAUGAUUCCGAGCUAUCGUUGUCUUCGAGUUUGAGAUCAAGCCGGAGUGGAACACUUGUAAACUUUUCAGAGCAGCUGCAAGAUAUGGGGCUUGUAGAUCUAUUUUGCGUUGCUUCAAUGCCUGUCCUGAAAGUUCUUCUGAUUACUGCUCUCGGGUCAUUCCUUGCUUUAGAUAAUAUAGACAUAUUAGGAGAAAAUGCCAGGAAACACGUGAAUCAGAUUGUGUUUUUCGUAUUCAAUCCAGCUCUAGUCGGGACCAACCUAGCCAAAACAAUUACUUUCAGUAGUAUGAAAUUAUUGUGGUUCAUGCCCCUCAAUAUUCUUGUUACAGUUCUUAUUGGCUCAGCACUGGGAUGGAUACUCAUAAAAUUCACAAGGGCUCCUCAACAUCUUAAGGGCCUUGUAUUAGGUUCAUGUGCAGCAGGAAACUUGGGAAACUUGCCAAUAAUCAUCAUCCCAGCAAUAUGUAGGGAGAAAGGCAGUCCAUUUGGAGAACCUGAUAUCUGCCACACAUAUGCAAUGGCUUAUGCUUCACUUUCCAUGGCGAUAGGAGCCAUUUUUCUGUGGUCAUAUGUUUAUAACAUGGUCCGAGUGUCCUCAAGCAAUAUUGGAAAAGAGGUCAACACAGAUGAGUCAAAGUCUAAUUGUGUAACACCAGAAAAACUUCAAGGGAGCUACGAAGAACCACUUCUUCCUCCAGAAGACCAUAGCAGUAUGGAAUCUGUGUAUCAGUUCACCUUGCCUCAAAGUAACUCUGAUGUCAAAGGAAAGGUACCCAUGUCAGAUAAAAUUAAGCUGCAUCUAAUGAAUUUCUCAAGAAAUUUAAAUCUGAAGGCAAUAUUUGCACCUUCAACUACUGCAACGAUCAUUGGUUUCAUCAUUGGAACAAUUCCGCUGGUUAGAAAAUUAUUUAUUGGAUCUACUGCUCCAUUUCGUGUGGUCCAAGACUCUGCCGCCUUGAUAGGGGAUGCGGCAAUUCCAACUGUCACCUUGAUAGUAGGAGGAAACCUUCUGAAAGGCUUAAAAGUUUCAGGUGUUCAGCCCUUGCUCGUUGUGGGGAUUAUUGCAGUUCGAUAUAUUUUCCUCCCUCUGGUGGGUAUCAUAGUUGUUAAAGGGGCAAUCCAUUUUGGCCUGGUGCACCCAGAUCCACUUUAUCAGUUUGUUCUUCUACUACAAUAUGCAGUUCCACCUGCCAUGAACAUAGGCACAAUUACCCAAUUAUUUGGAGCCGGCCAGAGCGAAUGUUCUGUUAUUUUGCUAUGGACCUACGCGCUGGCAUCGGUGGCGCUGACUUUUUGGUCAACUUUUUUCUUGUGGCUUGUUGCUUGAUUUGUAUGUUGGACAAAAUAGGACGGUAAAUCUAUUGCUUAGAAACCAUAUUUACCUUCCAUUAUGGACCCAUAAUCGGCUUCACUUGGAAGCUAAUUGAGAAUCAGACUAUAUCAGUAAACUAUUCUGAAUAGAACAUAUGUACAAGCUAUGGCGAAGAAUGAAUAAUGGAAUGAUGGUUCUUCCUGUAAUUGCAUAAA